AUGGAAGCCAAUCUUCGCGACGAUUCGUCGGACUCGGGUCGCGGCUUCAGUACCCAGAUCACCUUCAAAGCGACAUCGCGCACUCCGCAUUGGCGCAUCGAGGACGUCACACACAAGACGCACAAACCAGCCGCUAGCGGCAUCAUCAAGGUCCUGGUUCGGGUCCGAUUCCGCUAUGAUGAGGUGAGUGAGGGGGAACGUUUGAACUUGAUGACUAAUGGGUAGUAUAAUAUACAUAAUAGUUUUUGGAAGAAUCUAGUUGGAUCUAAUCUAGUGAACGCUCUUUUUUUCAGAUCCGCUACUGCAAGAUCCGCUACAACAAGGCCGCCGGCACCCCCAAACCCACCGACCCCACCUAUUUGGACGAGCUGGAGAAGGGCAAGAUUCUGAAGGACUCCGAACUCCGUGUUCUCCGUUUUGCUUUGGCCACCGUCCUCGAGUCUCAAUGCACCUUCGACGGUAUCAACGAGCGGAUCGACGGCGCAGUCAAGAACGGAAACACUAUCGUUCUCACCGUCCCCACAAGCCUGCUUCCACCCGUCGGAUCGCCCGAUAAUCUGAAUGGCUGUGCGCAGAUCCUCAUCAUCAGCCAAUAG